CUUUUGCUCUGCAUGCCUGCAGGAAUGUCUGAAGCCGAAGAAACCUGUCUGUGGGGUGUGUCGCAGCGCUCUGGCACCUGGCGUCCGAGCUGUGGAGCUCGAGCGGCAGAUCGAGAGCACAGAGACUUCUUGCCAUGGCUGCCGUAAGAACUUCUUCCUAUCUAAGAUCCGGGCCCAUGUGGCCACCUGCUCCAAAUACCAGAAUUACAUCAUGGAAGGUGUGAAGGCCACCACAAAGGACGCAUCUCUUCAGCCAAGGAACGUCCCAAACCGUUACACCUUUCCUUGUCCUUACUGUCCUGAGAAGAACUUUGAUCAGGAAGGACUUGUGGAACACUGCAAAUUAUCUCAUAGCACGGAUACCAAGUCUGUGGUUUGUCCGAUCUGUGCCUCGAUGCCCUGGGGAGACCCCAACUACCGCAGCGCCAACUUCAUAGAGCACAUCCAGCGCCGCCACCAGUUUUCCUAUGACACUUUUGUGGAUUACGAAGUCGAUGAAGAGGACAUGAUGAACCAGGUGUUGCAGCGCUCCAUCAUCGAUCAGUGAGCGGCACCCUCUGUCCAUCUCCUGCUGUAGAGAUUCCAUCCUGUGUUAGGUCCGAAACCUUUGACUCCUGCACCUUAACUGUACAACAGACCUGGAAUUGAGCCGUGGCACCAGGACAGAGUCACUUUUGACGGGGGCAUCGGGUCUCUGGUUUGGAGCCCUUGUUUGUUGGGCUCUUGCCAAAGCUGUACACCUCACUGUUAAACUUUGUUUGUCACACAGCCCUGUCCUGUUGGCUCUCAGCUACUUCUGGGAGCUGCUGCUUCCUCUUCUGGAAGGAAGUCCAGCUUCUCCACAUCCCCAUGUUCUUACUUCACUCUUGUUCCUCCUAUCCAGUGUUGAUCUCUCAGGUCCUCCGAGCCAGCUGGGACCUUUUCCACGUCACGAAUAGCACAAAGAAACCAACGGCCCCUUCCCCUGGCCCUGGGCUGUGCCAACUGCGACACAGCGCGCCUGUGCUGCCAGGCUGCUUGCCAGGUCCUUCCAGGCGGCUGCACUCUGGGAAGCAUUUCGAGCGCCCCCUUGGGGUGAACAUUCUAGCUUUCACAUGAGCUGAUACCAGAAGUUUUAUUAGUGAUAUUUUCCUACAACCUGCAUAUCCUUAGAAUGAACUGGUUCGUCUUAAAUGCCUGCAUGGUGCCUUUUCAGAGUAAGGUAUGACUGUAUAUUUUCAGUGAGGUGUUUGUAGGUUAGGGAAGUUAAAAUGCAUUUGUCCGUAAGUGGAGAGGAGAAAGAUCAGCUAAGCGAGAUAGGAGGGUCAUAGUUCUUUGGUUCUGGUUUUCAAGUAAGGACGUAUCUUCAGAUAGCUGAGUCCUAUUUACCUCUGUUUGGGAGCUUGCAUACAUUCUUGUCCUGGAGCAUGAAAGGAGUCUUCAGAUGAUUAAGGAGAAAGUUUUGAGGGUUCUUUUAUCUUCUACUUGGUAACUUACAUGAGCAUUAUUUUCCUAUCACAAAUGCUUUCCUUAUAGCACUGAUUUCCACUUGUAAAUCUGUUUUAAACCCUGCCUUUCAAUGCCGAGAGAGGCUGCUAUUCACCCUGUGUCUUUUCUGAGAAGCCCUGCAGCGGAAGGCAGCAUCUCUGACGAGCGGUUAAUAAAAGCCGUCUACUGGAAACUUGCUUCGGUAGCAGCUCAAGAAGCCUGAGGUUGCACAUAUCUUACAGUGUUAGUAAGUAAGGUUCAGAGCUGUCAGCCUGAAGGCGCGUAGAUCUCAGUUCACUCUCUCACGUCACACAUUUCUAGCCUGAACGUGGCGGUGUUUCUGAUCUGAAGCUGAGGUUGAGAUAGUGGCUUGGGCCUGCGCACUGCUGCCCUGGGCCCUGCCUGCCCACCGGGAAGGAACGUACCACAGACGGCCGGUAGCCGGCAAGACAGGGUCGUUCGGGGCUAUAGGCUUUGUGUGAUGUGUUGUGCUGGAGAGGGUGUUAAGAUCGGCUUCUUCACUGUCAUUUCUGGGAAAGUUGCCGCCGCCCUCCCUGACUGCAGUCACCGCUGGAAGGUGGGGGGAGGUUUGCCGAGAUGAGGCUGAGGCAGCGGAGGAGCGCGUCCAUCCAUCCAGCCGGUGGAACCAACAGACCUGCUUGCUUGUUUCAAGUGCACUUCACGUAUUUCUAAGAUGACUUUCCAGAAAGCAAAAUUUGUUAUGUUCUGGCUUUUGAAAGGUGAAAUAUAAAUAAAUUUCAUAAUUUAUCCAGUU